GACCUAUAAAAAUGAAAUAGCGGUGCGGAAUUGAAACGCAACAUUACGCUUCAAAAAUCAAACAUGGCAUCUCGCUACGAAGUGGAGGUGAAGAUCUCAUCGGGCAGGGACCUCAAGAACGUGAACUGGCGCCACGGCCCCAUCAGGCCCUACGCCGUCGUCUGGGUGGACCCCAAGAACAAGAGCUCCUCCAGGGUCGACGAGCAGGGCGACACGUGUCCCCACUGGGACGACAGCCUGGUCAUCCCCUUGCCUGGCCCCGUUGACGACUACUCCUCCCUCUACAUCGACAUCGUCCACGCCGGCUCCGAGGAAGGUACCAAGCCGCUCAUCGGCUCGGCGCGCCUCAAGCUGACCGAGGUCCUCGAUGACGUGGGCUUCGGCGAGCGCGCCCAGCGGACCUUACAGCUCAAGCGACCCUCCGGUAGGCCGCACGGCAAGGUUGAGGUUAAGGUCGAAAUCCGACAGCCACGAUACCAUGCGCCGGACCCCUACUACGCACCGCCUUACGGGGUCCCACCUCCAUCGGCUUCCCGAUCCGUAGAAUACGCUCCUCCGCCACCAACCUAUGGUAACCCAUACGCCGCACCACCCCAACCACACGAUCCUUACAAUUCAGCGGCGCCACCGGCUGGGUACCCCUACAGUGGGUACAACGCACAAGCACAAGCACCGUACGGUCAGCCGAGUUACGGGCAGGCACAGUACAGUCAGCCGAGUUACGGGCAGGCACCGUACAGUCAGCCAAGUUACGGGCAGGAGGAGAAGAAAAAGAGCAGCAAGUUUGGGAUGGGAACGGGAUUGGCUGUGGGGGCGGUGGCUGGGGUGUUGGGUGGGCUGGCAAUAGCGGAAGGAGUUGAUUACGUGGAGGACAAGAUCGCUGACGAUGCGGCCGAUAAGGUUGAGGAUCGUCUGGAGGAUGAUGACGACGGUGGCUACGACGGCGAUGACUACUAGAAACCGGAGUCACUUGGAAUGUGCUGUGUGGGGUCCCUUUCCCUUUAGUUGUCUUUUAUUUUCUCAAAUUUCUGAUUAUCUUUUUCAUUCAGUUUCUGGCCGGGGAAGGUCGACAAAGGACUUUUUUUUUU